GCAAGUCGGACUGGACAGACCAGUCAGGGCCGUGCAUCCUCCUCUGCCGUCCUAUCACGUUCACUGCUCUGCAGCGGGCCUAUAAGAUGCCACACUGCCCUGCGAGCCCAUCACUUGGCUGAACCCUGCUCCUCUUCAUCACAGAACGAAGCUGGAAUCAUGCCUGAAAGGAUGGUCGUGAGUCAACCCAGGCCCUUCAUCAUGAGCAGCGUAUCCAACCAGUGGACCUCUGGCAUCUGUGACUGCUUCCAAGACCUGCCCCAGUGUUGUCUCGCCUUUUGGUGUCUUCCCUGCUUCACCUGUAAGACAGCGCAUGAGGCCGGGGAGUGUCUAUGUCUGCCUCUGCUGGAUGCUUUUGGGGUCAUCCCUCCUAUGACCACGGCCCUCAGGGUGUCGGUUCGCCAGCGAUAUGGCAUUGAGGGCACAGUCUGCAGUGACUGUGUGUUCGCCUGCUUCUGCGGGCCCUGCACCUGGUGCCAAAUAGCAAGGGAAAUCAAAACGAGGAUGAAUCCCAUCACCUUCGUCAACACGGCGGCCUGAUGAGAACAAGCAUUUCUAACCACGUCACCGCUAUUAACACGAACGUCACCGCUAUCAUCAUGGACUUAUGGACUUCUAUUCACCGGCGUCAGUGCUGUCAUGGUAUUUGGAGUAAGAGAAGGCUUCUUCGACUGAUUUGAGAUCUGUUUCAAGCACGUCUGCGUCUGAGGAAUGUCACCGAGCAGCUGAUGACCGAUCAGCCUUCAGCUGACUUCUACUGAGAGAUAGUACUCAGAACUAGCCAGGUUAACCAGGUGUUGACAGUUUGCUGGAACUGACUUUGCAAAAGUUUGCAAGCUAACAGCUAACAUGACUUGCUUAACAUCAGCAUGUCAGAGUGAGCAUGUUUGCAUGCUGAUGUUAGCAUCUGGCUAAGAACAGCCUCACAGAGCAGCAAACAUGUUUGUAGACUGUUAUGUUGACUCAAAGCUUAUUUUCCUUCACUUUUCAUUAUGCAGGUGUGCAUUCUUGUCUUGUAUGACUGGUAAUACUGAUAAAAGCUACAAAGAGACUGUAGGUGGUUGGAGGACAUUUAACUGUAGAAGCAUCUGGGAUAAAACAUUUGGAAUUUCUAUUUCACAUUCUUCAAAGUUAUAUUCCUGAAUUCUUCAGCUAUAUAAUGCAAUAAAACACUUAUACCUAAAAGCCUAUUUGAAGUUCAAUACAAUA